AUGUUACGACAGUUGAGUCUCAAGUACAAUAUAUUUACAAGUAUUGCGCUCACCAAAACAGAAAGCAACUCGGCGGGAUUACUGGCAAACACGUCGUAUGCCUUGAAAGACAAUCUUGUUACUCGUGAUACGCCCACAACGUGCUCCUCAAAAAUUCUUGACAACUAUGUUUCUCCAUUUGACUCUACGGUCAGCAAACUAUUGACCCAAGAGGGUUCGCAAUUAAUUGGGAAGACAAACAUGGACGAAUUUGGUAUGGGAAAUUCUUCUUUGAACUCUCAUUUCGGGCCCACCCUCAAUCCUUUGUACGAACAAAAAUCAGACAUAGUAGAUCUCGAGGAAAGGGAGUUCUGGAUUGGAGGUGAAAGAUUGAAUGAAGAAAUCACCUUUAAAAGACCAUACACAGACAAUUACUUGCAUCGAAAAUACCUAGUUCCCAAAGUCAGAUCAGACUACAAGAUAGAUCCUCAAAUGAGGAUUGUUGGUGGAUCGUCAGGAGGAUCUGCUGCAGCGGUUGCAGCUGAUCUAGUAGACUAUGCUAUAGGAACAGAUACUGGAGGAUCAGUCAGAUUACCUUCGUGCUAUACAUCCAUAUUUGGCUUCAAGCCAUCUUACGGAAGAAUCUCAAGAUGGGGGUUGAUACCAUACGCUCAAUCUCUCGAUACAAUUGGCAUCAUGUCUAAAAAUAUAAACUUGGUCAGGAAAGUGUUUGGUAUACUAGACAAGCACGACAGCGCAGACCCCACGUCAGUCUCACAAGAGAAUAGAAUAUAUGACGACAAGGUGGAUUCGCAGAUAAAAAUUGGUAUCCCUACUGAGAUGAGCUUGGAGGGCAUGGAAAACGAUGUGAAGGAGAAAUGGAGAAAAUUGCUCAAACAACUGCAAAAACUUCCCGAAUUCGAGCUGUUUCUGAUCUCUGUGCCCUCACUAUCGAAGAGUCUCCCUGCAUAUUAUACAUUGGUGACUUCUGAGGCAUCUUCUAAUCUAGCCAGAUACGAUGGAAUAAGGUACGGAUAUCGUACUGGCGAAUAUACAAACCUUGAGCCAGAGUUCGCCAAAACCAGAUCCGAGGGAUUCGGGCCAGAAGUUAAACGUCGAAUAAUUCUGGGGUCAUAUUCUUUGUCCUCUUACGGUUACAAUAGCCAUUUCAUGAAUGCUACCAAGGUAAGGUCUAAACUGAUUCAGGAGUUCAAUAGCGUUUUCAAAGAGCCACACAUGUUAACCAAGGACCACAAUCCAGAUGGUGUGGACUUCAUUUUGUGUCCAACUGCUACCUCUUUGCCACCUCUUGUGUCGCAAUACCAAAAAGUCACUCCUGUGGAGUCAUAUAUGAACGAUAUCCUGACCGUCCCAUUUUCUCUUGCGGGACUUCCUGUACUUAGCAUCCCACUAGGAAGAUCGAUAGGUUUUCAACUUGCUGGACAGUUAGGCCACGACUAUAAAGUUCUGAAGCUGGCGCAAAUGAUCGAUGAACUGCACAUAAGAUGA